AUGGGGCUAGGCUCAGAUGGUGCCGCGGUCAUGACCGGUUGUGGUAGAGGGGUCAACGGCAUGAUGAAAAGGAUCAACCCACAUAUGAUCAACGUCCACUGUGUAGCACACAGACUUGCUCUCUGUACCAGCCAAGCAGCUGAGAAGUUUCCAGCCCUGAAGGAUUAUCAAGCAGUGGUCACCUCCAUUUAUUACUACUUCAAAUACUCCCCAAACAAGAUCUCGCGGACGUCAGAAGUUCAGAAAAUUCUUGAUUCCCCUCAGCUCCGGUACAAGGAGGUUCACAGCAUCAGAUGGCUCAGCUUUUAUAAUGCGCUUGAAACAGUGUAUAGAACGCUAGAACCAUUAUUGGCUUAUCUCGCUGAUGUCAGUCUUAGUGAUGCCAAAGCCAUUGGUUUGAAAAAGAAGGUGAACCUUGUUGAGUGUCUGAGGACCCUGGAGUCCCUGAAGACGGAACCAGGCGUGCACGAGCUCCUGCUGGAUGACCAUCUGGACAUGGACCAGAAGAUGUACAAGGAGGACACUGUUGCUUGUUGUCCAAAGAGAGAUCUUCAGUCAGCGGAGGAAAAGUUCCUGGACAACUUGAUUGCCAACAUUUCUCAAAGGUUUCCAGAUACCGACAUCUUGACAGCAUUUGGAAUAUUGGGUAUGAGACCAAUCAGUUUCCUGUCUGAGACUGAGCUGGAGAAAUGGGGGUGUGAGCAACUGGAGUGUCUCAUUGGUCACUUCGGAUAUCCUCAGACUCACAUGUGGACUGACCAAGGCAAUGAGGAAGAGACCACAAGUCAGCCAGUGAUUGAGCCAGAAGCCACCAGGAUUGAGUGGAAGCAGCUGAAACCUAGGGUCCUAGCACAGAUGUAUCCAAGGGAUAACACAGUUAUUCUGUGGUCACUUGUGAAUGAGUUCCACAAGGAGGAGUUCCCCAACAUCCUCAAGUUGGCCCAGCUGUCCCUAGUGUGCCCAGUACACACUGCUGGAUGUGAGCGGGGUUUCAGUGCACAGAACAGUGUGCUGACACCACUCAGAAAUCGUCUUACCUGUGAGACACAGGACAAGCUCUUACGAGUAAAUAUUGAAGGGGCUGAUUUGUGCAAAUUUGACUUUUCAGGUGCACUGACGUGUUGGAGGAAAAUGAGCAGACUGUUCUUCACCAUGCAGAAAUGGUACCAAUUUUGUCUUCUGAAACCAGGAAGUUUUUACUGUUUCAAGUUUGCAAGUCUGAGUUUGAUUGAGUGUUAAUUAUUGUACUUUCAUAGUUGGAUGAAAAGAAGCAACAACUGAAUAUUAAAAAAUAACAACACUUC